UUGCGGACUCUGCCCUCGCACGUGACUGCAGGGCGUCUACACCCUCACCCUACUUCUGCCUUCUCUCCACCCUCGGGUCAGACAGCCUCAGUCUCUCAGACCCGUGGCUUUGCUUUGACUCGUGAUGGCCCUGCUGGGCGCGCGCGUCUGCUGCCUGUUGGUCGCCCUGUGCGGCAGUCCCGGGCUCGGGCUGCCCCUGGCGCCCGAGAGUCCCGCUCCGGCAGUGGGACAGUUUUGGCAUGUGACUGAUUUACACUUAGACCCUUCUUACCACAUCACAGAUGACCACACGAAAGUGUGUGCUUCAUCUAAAGGUGCAAAUGCCUCCAAUCCUGGUCCUUUUGGAGAUGUUCUGUGUGAUUCUCCAUACUACCUUAUUUUGUCAGCAUUUGAUUUUAUUAAAAAUUCAGGACAAGAAGCAUCUUUCAUGAUAUGGACAGGGGAUAGCCCACCUCACGUUCCGGUGCAUGAACUCUCAACAGACACGGUCAUAAAUGUGAUUGCUAAUAUGACAACCACCAUCCAAAAUGCCUUUCCAGAUCUCCAGGUUUUCCCUGCACUGGGUAAUCAUGAUUACUGGCCACAGGAUCAACUGCCUGUGGUCACCAACAAGGUGUACAAUGCAGUAGCAAAUCUCUGGGAACCCUGGUUGGAUGAAGAAGCUAUUCGUACUUUGAGGCAAGGUGGCUUUUAUACACAGAAAGUUUCACCUAAUCUGAACCUUAGGAUCAUCAGUCUAAACACAAACUUGUACUACGGCCCAAAUAUCAUGACUCUGAAUAAGACUGACCCAGCAAAUCAGUUUGAAUGGCUAGAAAAGACACUGAACACCUCUCAGCAAAAUAAGGAGAAGGUGUACAUCAUAGCACAUAUCCCAGUGGGGUAUCUGCCCAAUUCAAGGAACACCGCAGCAAUGAGAGAAUUCUAUAAUGAGAAACUGAUAGAUAUUUUUAGAAAAUACAGCAAUGUCAUUGCAGGACAAUUUUAUGGACACGUUCACAGAGAUAGUAUUAUGGUUCUUUCUGAUAAAAAAGGAAGACCAGUAAAUUCUUUGUUUGUGGCUCCUGCUGUUACCCCGGUGAAGAGUGUUACAGAAACACUGACCAACAAUCCUGGCGUCAGACUAUUUCAGUAUGAUCUUCAUGAUUAUAAACUAUUGGAUAUGUUGCAGUAUUAUUUGAACCUUACAGAAGCAAAUCUAAAGGGAGAAUCUGAUUGGAAGCUGGAAUAUGUGAUGACUCAGACCUAUGACAUUGAAGAUUUGCAGCCCAAAAGUUUGUAUGCAUUAGCUAAGCAAUUUGCAAUCCUGGACAGUGAGCAGUUUAUAAAAUACUACAAUUACUUCUUUGUGAGUUAUGACACCAGUGCCAUUUGCAGUGGGAAAUGUAAGGCCAAUCAAGUUUGUGCUAUUACGAGUCUUGAUCAUAUUUCCUAUGUAGAUUGCCUCAAACAAUAUUAUAUAAAGCACUAUCCCAAGUACUUUACUGUUUCUGUUCAUAGAUAAUGUAACAUUGUUCUGUUAAUGAGAUCAGUUUGUGGUAACUGUUACAUAAAUCUUUGUGCGUUACUGAGUGGGCAAGCAGAAUUCUUAUCUUUGCUUUCUUUUUUAUAAUCUUCAAAUGUGGAUAUUUGUAACAUUCUACAUUUUCAUUAUAUUGAAUAUAUAACCGCCCAUUACAAGAAUGAUGUCUGGCUGUCAGUAUCCUAUCUUCCAGUUUAUAUAAUUAUAUCUAAUCUAUAUCUUUGUUGCAACUGUCAUUUAUAUAAUAAAGCAAAUGACUUCU